GAAAUGAUUUUGUUUUUUUUUUGUAGUGGAAAAAUUUGUGAAUUUAUUAACGAAGUAUAUUUCCUGUGAUGGUGAUUUUGAUCUGGUGUUUAUCAAUUUUUAUUUAGAUAUUUAAAGAGAUUAAUUGUUUGUUGUUGUUAGAGGAAAGAAAUGGCUUCCGAGGAUAUUAUAUUUCAAAAUGUUGGAAGUGAGGUUAGCAUUGAUUGUUGUGGUGAAGAAUUGGUUGCCCCGCUUGAAGGAGUUUCUCUUCCCGCCACAAGUACCAAAGGCUUACGUCGUUCAAAGGCUAGUGAAUCAAAUAAACAAUCAAUGUUAACUGAUGCUUCUUCAAGUCAACUAUUGGAUUCAACAGGUGAUAAUCAACCCUCCAAUCUGGCUCAAUUUAUAACAUCGAUACGACCACCAUCUCUUAUUGGUACCUCGGUUGUUGGUCCUAUCACAACCAGUGAAUCUAUUGGUAGCAGUAGCAGCGUUACUUCAUUAACUGGUGUUGUUAGUAAAAAUCUUACCAUCAGUGGUAAUAACAAUACAACAUUAUCAUCACCUUCUUCUAGUAAUACCAUUAUCAUAAAUAGUAACAACAACAACAACAACAAUAAUAAUAAUAGUAACACUUUGGCCACGAGUGGUGGUGGUACAAUUAUUGUCAAUAGUAAUAAUAUUUUUACUUCUGUUGGUAACACUAUUUCCAGUAAUAAUAUUAUCAAUUGUAAUACUGGCGGUGGUGAGAGUGUAAUUAAUGUAAGCCCUGCUUUUAAAAGGAUUCCAAGUUCCAGUAAUCGAAAUUUAAUUAAAAGGCAACCACAAGCAAUUGCACCGGCACCACCAACCCCAACCCAAACAACUACAAAUACCCUUCCAGCGUCUAGUAUUAUAACAAAGGUGAUAAUGACACCAACCGGACAGCAAUUAUUGAUAACAAGUCCUGUUAAACAGGGAGGCGAUCUUGUUAACUUAAAGUCUGUACCAUUCUCAAUACAACCCGCACCCAGUUCAACUAAUGUUAACAAACCCGUUAACAAGCAACAAACCUCAACACCGACUUUCCUUGCAACAGGAUCCGGCGGGCUAAUUAUGGUACCAGCCCAAUUUGUUCAACAACAAACCUCUACCCCUGUUGUCGAUCAACCUGUCUCUGGAUCUGUUUUAACUCCUAUCUCUACAAAAAGUAAUCAAAUUAAAGGAACUACCUCAUUAUCAUUAACAUCAUCAUCAUCUAACACCAAACAAGUGACUUUGGCUGCAAGUAAACCAAUAACCUCUACACCAACUAGAACCAAUUUUGUUCCCAUAGCUCCAAGUCCAAUUUCGCAUCAACAAGCAAGUGUCCUUUCUGCAAGUCAAAUUUUGGCAGGUUUGAGUUCUGCAAAACCUGCUCAGAAUGGCCCAAAGCUAGAUAAUGAUCCAAAUAGGCCUCGUAAACCCUGUAAUUGUACAAAAUCUCAGUGUCUGAAGCUCUACUGUGAUUGCUUUGCCAAUGGAGAAUUUUGUAAUAAUUGUAAUUGCAUUAAUUGUGCAAAUAAUCUAAAACACGAAGAAGAACGACAAAAAGCAAUCAAACAGUGUCUUGAGAGGAAUCCGCAUGCUUUUCAUCCUAAAAUUGGUAAAGGUCGAGGUGACAUUGCUGAACGAAGGCACACCAAAGGUUGUAAUUGCCGUCGAAGUGGCUGUCUUAAAAACUAUUGUGAAUGUUACGAGGCUAAAAUAUUGUGCUCAGAACUUUGCAAAUGUAUCAGCUGUAAAAACUAUGAAGACUCUUACGAGAGGAAAACUUUAAUGCAUCUUGCUGAUGCUGCUGAAGUUAGAGCGGCUCAACAAUCAGUGGCCAGUAAAUCUCAUCUAUGUGGAAGUGAUUUCCGUGCUAAGCUACCAGUUUUCAUGGCAGAUCGAGCUGAAAGGACACAUUGCUCUUUCAUUACUAAUGACGUUAUCGAAGCCACGAGUGAAUGUCUAUUGGCACAAGCCGAUGCCGCUGAGAAGGAAGGAUUAAGUCAAGAUGAAGUAGAGAAACUGAUUCUAGAAGAAUUUGGAAGAUGUCUCAGGCAAAUCAUAGAAAGUGCUAAUAACUCUAAAACAGCCAAAGCCAAUCAAUAAUUUUUACCCAACCAAACUCUGGUGUGAAUUUUAACAGCACAAUGAAAAUCAACUACAACAACAACAACAACAAUUAACAAAUAAUUAACAUGGUUAUCUUCUGUAAAUUGACUAUAUCUAAGCAUCCAUUGAAGGAAAAAAGAAUUUGAAAUAAGUCCAAGGCUUAAAUUUUGUUUUGGGUGAUACAUUUGUAUCCACCACAAACAACAAUUAAGGAGGAAACAAGAGGAUUUUUGCAGUUUCAAGCGUCAGUUUUGGAGUAAACGGAAGGUGGUGGGAAAGAUUAAUUUCUCAUGGAGACGAGUAAUCACUUAGAUUUUUCUGAAUUUCUGAUUCCAUGUUUUUCAUGAGCAGACUUUUCUCUCUUUCUUUCUCUUUCUCUUUCUCUCUCUCUUUCAAUUUGACAUCAAGGAAAACAGAAACCAAAAUGAGUCAGAAAUAAACAAAAGAAGGAAAAAGACAAAUUAAUGUUUUCUUUUUUAUAAUUAACAUGGAUGUUAACUUAAAUUCUUAAAAAUAAGCUGAUCUUUGUAUAAUCUUACUCACGCUUCUCUUGUAUCAUCCUCCCUCCCUCUCUCUCUCUCUCACUCCCAUCAAAACCAAACCUUCACCCACCACCACCCACUCACUGAAAUCAACAAACAAUUAUCACAGGUAUGAAAAUAGUUUAUAUUUAUCUAAGUGACAUCAACAUAAACUGACAAAGCCAACAAUUUAAACUCAUAACAAUAAGGGAAACUUAAAAAAAUUAAAUGAUGCAGACAAACCAACAAAUCGAUAGGAUUACAAUUACAAUCAAAUCGAGAGAAAGAGGAAAUUAGAUAAACAUAAACAAUUAAUUGCUUGUGAUUAAAUCUCUUAUCCUUCCCAACCUCUAACACCACCUUCAAAGUAUAAGGUGGCACAAUUAAUACCCACAAGCAACUUAUAUCUAAUUAAUUAUAAUUAAUAUCACCAUUUAUUAUUAUUAUAAAAAAAAAUAUUGUCAUCACUGAUAUAGCAAAAAAAAACAACAACAA